UCUUUCUUACCUGGAUUGAAUUAUUAUUGCAAAUGGAGAAAUUAAAUUCAAUUGCUGGAUGUGGAGCUGAGCAAAUGAAAGACUCUAAAGGGCGUGCUAUACAUACUCAAUUAGAGACACUAGACAUGAGCACAUUAGAUGCUGUGAACAAUCAAUAUUUCAAUAGAUAUACGAAAGAUUUUGACAAGAAGAGUGUCAUCGGAGGCUUUGGCAUCCCUCAUAAGAAGAUAUGAUUUAAGAAAUUGGUUAAGGAGGGAGUCCAAGCCAAUCAUAUAUCCCAUCUGUGAUUCCAGAUUAUGACAAGGUGCGAGAAAAUGGGUGCAGAAUCUUUGUAGUCCCUGUACUGGAUUUUUAAGCGAAUUUAAAGUAUAAAAGAUCAAUAAAUUGUAUUUAAAAGGCAAAAUGAGCUUAGUAGACUUCAGUUUUUAUACCAGGAGUAUCACUAAGAUUAUCUCGAAGACAGUUGUGUCAGUGAUUAUCACUUUUUUCAAGAUAUCACACAAGGAUUUUGGAAGGAUCCUAAUGGCUUGUAAAAGCAAAACAAAAGUGCAGUUUAUGAAGUGUACUAUUACUGUUGAUCAUCUUGACUAUCUUGAUAAUUCACAUUCUUCGAUCACCCAACUUGAUCUUAAUAUGAAUACCAUUGUGCAGCCUGAGAAAGACACUGAAGAUCUUAAUGGGCUCAUCCAGUAGAUGGCAGCCUCCAAGCUCAAUACUUGUUUAAAGAGAGUGACCAUUUGGCUUCCUAUAACAUAUAGGUAGCAAAGAUCAGUGCCUGAAAUCAGGAAUUAUGACAUCGGAAAUUUACCAUUUCUCAGCUUAUUCCUUGCAUGAGGAAAUGCUACUUCUGAGGGGUUAUGUGUCACAUCUAAGCAGCAAGACUUGUUAUAACUCUGGAUAUCUGGAAUUCUAAUUAUGGUGGAAGUGUCACAAGAAGGAAUCAAAAGGAACAUCAGAUCUUAGUGCAAGAUUGUAUAGAAGAGAUAGUCACACACAAGGUUAAAGUGCUACUUUUGAGCCUCUCUAUGCUUCAUAAUAUAGGAAUAACUUUCAUUCAUAGGUUGAUAGAUUAAGCAGUUUAGAAGUCAUCAUUAUUCUCUUCUAUCUUAUAGUUUAAGGCUUUUGU